AUGGGCGCCGCGGCGGCGCGGUCGGCAUUGGCGUCCGCCGGCCGUGCGGCGAACGAGGCCGUGAGCUUCGUGGUGUUCCUGCUGCUGGACGCGCUGGAGGUGCUGCUGUGCGUGGUGUACAAGGUGGCGGACUACGUGGUGGAGGGCGCGUGGCGGCCCUGCUACUGCUCGUCGCGCUCGGCGUCGUCCCCGGCGUCGGCGGCCACGGGGAAGAUCGUCGUGUCGGAGCGGGGAGGCUCCAAGGUGGUCAGCAUGCUGUCCGCCACCAGGCUGCACCUCGAGGACAUCUCCGACACGCUCUACACGCGGCCCUCCGUGCUCGCGUGCGCCGCGGCGGCGUCGGCAUCGGCGUCCUCCUCCCAGCGGCGCGCGGCGCCGGGGGUCACCGUGCACUCCGCCAUCGUGCAGAUGCUGCGGGGCAAGGUCGGCGGCGGCAUCGGCGACGGCAAGCACAGGCCGUACCCGUCGCCGCGGUGGUCCGACUGCCACUGCGCCAACUGCAACCCGGCCGACACGGACCGCCUCUUCGUCCACGUCGAGGCGCCGCCGCAAGCGUCGACGGAGGAGGACGUGCUGUUCAUCCACGGGUUCAUCUCGUCGUCGGGGUUCUGGACGGAGACGGUGCUCCCGCACGUGAGCCCCGCGGCGCGGUCCCGGCGGCGGCUGUUCGCCGUGGACCUGCUGGGGUUCGGGCGCAGCCCCAAGCCGGCGGACUCGCUGUACACGCUGCGGGAGCACGUGGAGAUGAUCGAGCGGUCCGUGAUCGAGCGCCACGGGGUCAAGUCCUUCCACAUCGUGGCGCACUCGCUGGGCUCCAUCCUCGCGCUCGCGCUCGCCGUCAGGCACCCCGCCGCGGUCAGGUCCCUCACGCUCGUCGCGCCGCCCUACUUCCCGGUGCCGCGCGGGGAGGUCGGCACGCGGUACGUGCUGCGGACGGUGGCGCCGCGCCGGGUGUGGCCGCCCAUCGCGUUCGGCGCCUCCGUGGCGUGCUGGUACGAGCACCUCAGCCGCACCGUCAGCAUCGUGCUCUGCAAGCACCACCGCCUCUGGGAGCUCGCCUUCCGCGUCUUCACACUCUACAGGGUGCGGACCUACCUCAUGGACGGCUUCUUCUGCCACACCCACAUCGCGUCGUGGCACACCCUCCACAACAUCAUCUGCGGCAGCGCCGGCAAGAUCGACAGGUGCCUCGAGGUGGUCAGGGACCAGCUCACCUGCGAUGUCACCGUCUACCACGGCAGCGACGACGAGCUCCUCCCCGUGCAGUGCAGCUACGCGGUCAAGUCCAAGAUCCCGCGCGCCCAGGUCAAGGUCAUCGACGGCAAGGACCACGUCACCAUUGUCGUCCGACGCCAGAAGGACCUGGCCAGGGAGCUGGAGGAGAUAUGGGACAGGAAACGGUGA